CAAAGCCCAAAAAGUAUGCCUCGCCGCACCCAUUUGUCCGUGGCGCAGAAGGCCGAGCUGCGUCUGUACUACCGCGCGCACCCGGACCUGACCCAUGAAGACAUAAUCCGCUGGGCGCAGUUGCGCUUCUCCGUGCUGCUCGGCCGCUCCACCGUCGGCUCCAUCUUGCGGGCGCCGCAGGACUCGAGCCUCAAUCCGGACGCCAAGCGCAACCAAGAAGGGCGCUUCCCCGAAAUGGAGCGGGAACUGUACCAAUUUGUGCUCAAUUCGCCCGAUUUGGGCGAUCUGAGCGAUUUGGUCCUG